UUGUUGGCAGAGUCAGCAGCAGCGUGGGCCUUUGGGAGCCUGACAGACUGCUGACUACCCGGGUUGCCCCAGCCGGCUCCCGGGACUCAGCCUUGGGCACGGUGGAGGUCAGCUGGCCUGCUGUCUGUGGACUCUGAGAGCUGUGUCAGCCCCAGGACAGACGGAACAGGGAGCAAGAGUGGAGUAUGGUGUCUCAGGCAGCUUGGACCGGGAACCAGACCUCCUCUGGGGUGGAGGAUGACUUCAGCAGCUGGUACAUUGAUGAGCCCCAGGGGGACAAGGAGAUGCCGCCAGAUGGGGUGGACACCCCAUGCCAUCCCAGCAUCCCGCCUGCCCUGCACCAUGCCUGCUUGGCCUCCUUGUCGCUCCUUGUCCUGCUGCUGCUGGCCCUGCUAGUGAGGCGCCACGGGCUCUGGCUGGGCUGUGGCCACCUUAGGAUUGGAUUGCCCAGCCCUGUGGAUUUCUUGGCCGGUCACCAACCCUGGACAGUGCCUAUUGCUGUCUUCACGGUCCUCUUCAGCUCGCUGUGUCUGCUACUCCCCGAGGAGGAACCGCUGCCCUUCCUGAGCCUCGCCUCCGAGCCUAGCCCAGGGCUCUGGAGGAUGCUGGCUCUGCUCUACUACCCCGCCCUCUACUAUCCUCUGGCUGCUUGUGCUACGGCGGGACGCCGAGCUGCAUACGUUCUGGGCACCGUGCUAUCCUGGACCCACUUUGGAGUCCAGAUCUGGCAGAGAGCAGAGUGUCCUCAGGGCCCCAAGAUCUACAAGUACUACUCCCUGCUGGCCUCCCUGCCUCUGCUUCUGGGCCUCGGAUUCUUGAGCCUUUGGUACCCAGUGCAGCUGAUACGGAGUGUCCACCACUGGGCCCGAUACAGCUCAGAGGUGAAGGGACUGCAGACCCACUACUCGGAGGAGUAUCUGAGGACCCUCCUCUGCCAGAGGAAGCUGGACAGUCGCUCCGCCCCUGACUCCAAGCAUGGCCUCCUAUCCCGGGUGUGGGCCUGCGUGCGACACUCCAUGUAUACUCCGAAGCCGGGAUUCCGCCUGCCCCUGAAGCUGUUGAUCUCAGCUACCCUGACAGGAGUGGCUACCUACCAGGUGGCCCUGCUGCUGCUGGUCAGCGUGGUGCCGACCCUGCAGAAGGUGAGGGCGGGAGUCACCACGGAUGUCUCCUACCUGCUGGCCGGCUUUGGGAUCGUACUCUCUGAGGACAGGCAGGAGGUGGUGGAGCUCGUGAGCCACCACCUGUGGACUGUGGAAGUGUGCUACAUCUCGGCUCUGGUAUUGUCUUGCUCUCUCACCUUCCUGCUCCUCAUCCGAUCCCUGAGGACACACAGGGCCAACCUUCGAGCUCUGCACCGAGGGGCUGCAUUGGACCCAGGUGCCUCCAUCCAGAGCCCUCGUCCGUCCCGUGAGGCUAUCCUGUGCUGGAUGAGAUUCAGUGCCUACCAGACAGCCUUCACCUGCCUUGGGCUCCUGGCACAGCAGAUUACCUUCUUCCUGGGGACCACAGUUCUGGCCUUCCUGGUAUUCAUGCCUGUUCUCCACGGCAGGAAUCUCCUGCUACUAAGGACCUUGGAGUCCACGUGGCCCUUCUGGCUGACUUUGGCCUUGGCUGUGAUCCUGCAAAACGUAGUAGCCCACUGGGUCUUCCUGGAGACUCGCCAUGGAUAUCCAGAGCUAACCAACAGGCGAGCACUCUGCGCGGCCACUUUUCUUCUCUUCCCCAUCAACGUACUACUGGGGGCCAUGGUGGCCAUCUGGAGAGCGCUCCUCUUCUCUCUCUACAACGCUGUCUACCUGGGCCAGAUGGACCUCAGCCUGCUGACAUCCAGAGCUGCCAACCUGGACCCAGGCUACCACACGUACCGACACUUUCUGAGCAUUGAGGCCAGCCAGUCCCAUCCAGUUGUGACGACCUUCUGUGCCCUGCUCCUGCAGUCGUCCAGCCUCCGGCCCCGCGCCCCGGGGGACCCGCAGGACGGCCUCCCCGCAAGGGAAGACGAGGAAGGGGUGCAGUUGCUACAGACCAAGAACCUGGUGGCCAAGAGAACGGGGCCCAGAGGCAGCCGGAGCCGAGCUCGUUGGGGUCUGGCCUACACACUACUGUGCAACCCGCCUCUGCAGGCCUUCCGGAAGGCAGCUCUGACUGAUGCCCGGGCCCAUGGCGUCCAGCAGUGAGGGAGAGGCUGACCAUACCACCCUACCCUUCUGUAUUGAGGCACAUUGCCAUCUCCCGUCCUCACUUCCAUCUGUGGUUAGCCCUCUGCUUCGCAGUAGCUCUGCUAGCAAGUCUCCCCCCUCCCUGAGAUUAGAGGACUCUGGGUUGCGGGGGUGUGGGGGGGUUGUCACUGUAUCUAUACUGUGAGCCUCUGGAGGGCUCCAGUUUGCUUUUGGCCAUGGGGCUACCACUGGGGAAGCUAGAGAAACCAGCAGCUGGGAUAGGGUCUUGGUCCGGGAGCUGACGGAGCAGAGUGACCACAUCCAGGCCUCUCCCCGGCCUCCCUCUACCAUCAGCCUGCAGGGCCUCACUGAGGCCUCUCUGCGUGGGCUGGUGAUAUAAAGCCAGUAUGCUUCCCAUCCCAGCUGGCCCCACCUCACCCCUGGCCCUCCCACCAGGAAGAAAGAGGGCAACAGCAAAGUCAGACUCAAAGCAGCCUCCCCCACUCCUGAGCUGCCCACUCCCGAGAGCCAGGUAUUUUUGUAGUUCUAAUGCCUUUAGCUGUCAUGAAAGAGGUGAGUGUGCUUCUGGUAAUAAAUUGGCCCCCUAGAAACAGUCCUCCUUAUAAGGGGUGGACUCGCAGGGGCACCACCCACACUCAA